AUGGCCUCUGCAACGGCGAGCGAAAGUGAUGCUAGUCCCAAAAAUGCCACCACCAACAAAACGAUGGCACCGCAGAAGAAAGCAGGCGCGCCCGGAACGAGUGAGAAAAGUGAACAGAAGACCUGGUGGUGGCUCCUCUUUGGAGUUUUUCUGGCGCUCACCAUCGGCACCCGGUUCUACAACGUGACCGUGCCGGAUCAUGUUUGCUGGGACGAGACCCAUUUCGGGAAGAUGGGCAGCUGGUACAUCAACCGGACGUUCUUCUUCGAUGUGCACCCACCGUUGGGUAAGAUGCUGAUAGGCCUCUCCGGCUAUCUCACCGGAUACGACGGAACAUUUCCCUUCGACAAGCCCGGUGACAAAUACAACGGAACCCACUACGAGGGAAUGCGAAUCUUCUGCACGGCCCUCGGUGCCGCCAUCGUUCCGAUGACGUUCCACACCGUAUGGGACAUGACAAGCUCGCUGACGGCGUCCACGUUUGCCGCCGCCUACAUCCUGUUCGAUAUCGGUAUGCUGAUCUUAAACCGGUACAUCCUGCUCGACCCACCGCUGAUCUUCUUCAUGACCGCGUCCGUGAUGGGAAUGGCACGCGUGUCCCGAUUGACGCAGCUGUCGGCCAGCUUCACGACCGGCUGGUGGCUCUGGCUGGCCUUCACCGGUGCGAUGUUGGCGUGCACGAUCAGCGUGAAGUUUGUCGGGCUGUUCGUGGUGUUGCUGGUCGGCCUGCAUACGGCCAGCGAUCUGUGGGAUGUGCUCGGUGACCUGACCCGACCGAUCUCCUACACCGUCCGGCAGCUGGUGGCCCGUGCCCUUACGCUCAUCCUGCUACCCAUCGUGCUGUACGCCGCUUUCUUCUACGUGCACCUGGCGGUACUGAAUCGCAGCGGUAGCGGUGAUGGCUUCUACAGCUCUGGCUUUCAGUCCAAUCUGGUCGGCAACUCGCUGUAUAAUGUGUCGAUGCCGCGGGAGGUAGCGUACGGUGCGGUGGUGACGCUGAAGAACCACAAGACCGGCGGUGGCUAUCUGCACUCCCACAAUCAUCUGUACCCGAAGGGUUUCGGCGCUCGGCAGCAGCAGGUCACGACGUACAGUCACAAAGACGAUAACAACAGAUGGCUAAUCAAACCGUACGAUAAACCGGUGCCGGACAACAUCACCCUACUGCGCCAUGGCGAUCUCGUGCGCUUGGAGCACUUGGCAACGAGGCGUAAUCUCCACUCACACCGCGAGCAGGCUCCGAUUACCAAGAAACAUCUGCAAGUAACGUGCUAUGGAGAGGAAGGUCAAGGGGAUACGAAUGAUGUUUGGGUGGUGCAGAUCGCUGGUGGACAGGCGGGCCAGACCGUGGAGACCGUAACGAGCCGACUGACGUUCUACCACUACAUCGAACGGUGCGUGCUGACGACCACCAGCAAGCAGCUACCCAAGUGGGGCUUCGAACAGCAGGAGGUCACCUGCAAUCCGAACAUCCGCGACAAGGCCGCCCAGUGGAACGUCGAGGACAAUCAGUUUGACAAAUUGCCGAGCGUUAACUUUCAGGUGUACGCUCCGGGCUUCAUAAGUCGAUUCCUUGAGUCGCACGCCGUGAUGCUGCAGGGCAACGCCGGCCUAAAGCCAAAGGAGGGCGAAGUAACCAGCCGACCGUGGCAGUGGCCCAUCAACUAUCGGGGUCAGUUCUUCUCCGGCUCCGACCAUCGCGUUUAUUUAUUGGGCAACCCAAUCAUCUGGUGGAGCAAUUUGGUAUUUUUAGCACUCUUUUUAAUCAUCUUCGGCGUGGAGAUUAUCAGAUAUCAGCGCGGCUCGGCGGAAAACAACACCACCAGCUCUUCCGGCGUCGACGAGAAUAAAUGGCGACUGCUUCGGGCUGGCCUGUGGCUAUUCGGUGGCUGGUUAAUUCAUUACUUGCCCUUCUACGCGAUGGGUCGCGUCCUGUACUUCCACCACUACUUUCCCGCGCUGGUCUUCAACUCGAUGCUCGCCGGUGUAAUGUUGGACUACGUUACCGUCCGGUUGCCCGCCUGGAUGCGCCAUGCCGUGCUCGGAGCCGCGAUGGCUGGAUUGGUGUACAGCUUCGUCCUCUUUUCCCCGCUGGCGUACGGCAUGAAGGGCCCCUUUAGCCACGAACCAAACUCGACCCUGGCCGGACUGAAGUGGAUGAGCAGCUGGGAGUUUUAAGUUGCCGAGGGCUACGAUGUUGUGGUGUUGGCGAGGCAGGUUGCCAAUGUGACUACAACAAUUAAUCGUUCUGAUUUGAUCGGACUUCCGUCGCUAAAACUGCCUUUUGUCAUUAAGCUCCAUAGAUUGGAACGUUAAAAUCCAAUAUAGUACUGUAACA